AUUCAGUCUAUCAAUGUUUCAGACAUAAUGUGGUAUCAAACAUCGCAACAGUGACGGCCGGUCGUGCUCGAGUGCUGUUUAUAAACAAUGAUACUGAUAUUAUAGUUAUAUUUUGAAUUAAUCCGUCAACAGAAAAAAUAACAAAAAUGGCGGAAGAAAAAACAAAGCCGGUCGACGUGGAAGAAAAGCCAUUGAACAAAGAUGCCAUCCCUAGCCUUUAUAAGGACAAAACUUUUAGAGAGAAGUUGAGAUAUAUUAAGGAAAACAUCACUGUGGAACCACUGUUAGCUGGUCUGAUCAUACCCAGUAUUAUCUCAAGGUUCGCUAUGGGAAAUCUUAAUUUGGACAAAGCGUGUCGUGUUAAUUUUGGGUUUGGGGAUGAAAUUUGCAAUGCGUUAAUAAGUAAGGCGAGCAAGAACUUUACGGAGUACGAGCAGGCGGUACAGCAGCUGAUCUCCUCGAUAGACAUUUGGAAGAGCGUGAUCUCAACGGCACUACCAUGUAUGAUAAUAAUGUUCCUGGGAGCGUGGAGUGACAGAACGGGGAAGAGAAAACUAAUCAUACUGCUACCGAUUUACGGAGAACUGUUAACGUCCUUAAAUAAUUUAGUGAACGUUUAUUUCUUUUACGAGAUUCCUGUGCAAGUAACGGUGUUAUUAGAGACGCUAUUCCCAGCUAUUACUGGGGGUUGGGUGACUAUGUUUUUGGGUGUAUUCAGUUAUAUCAGUGAUAUUACUUCGGAAGAGUCGCGAACAUUCAGAGUGGGUCUUGUGAACUUCUGCAUGACCGCUGGUCUGCCUAUUGGUAUAGGUAUCAGUGGGUUUUUGCUGCAGAAGAUGGGAUACUAUGGACUAUUCUCGUUGACAAGCGGAUUGUUCUCGCUCGUGCUUCUGUACGGCGCGUUCUGCUUGAAGGAGCCUGAUCAAUGGCUGCGGGAUAAAGGAUUGCCUCCGAUCGAGAGGACCAUAGACAAUAAUGUAUCGUUCUUCGACCUCUCCCAUGUGGCGGAGACGAUAGCCGUCGCCUUCAGGCCUCGCACCAAGAAUAAGAAGCUCAAGAUCCUGCUGACUCUGCUGAUGGUAUUCCUACUCUUUGGACCGACUUCUUCGGAACAUGGAGUGUUCUACCUGUUCGUCAGAAACCGUCUUAAUUGGGACAUGGUCAAAUAUGGUGUCUACGUCAGUUACUCCAUUGUUCUACAUUCUUUCGGUGCAAUGUUCUCCAUAACAGUACUGAGCAAACGUCUGCAGGUUGAUGAUUGCUUACUGUGUUUCAUUUCUGUUAUCAGCAAGAUCGCCGGCUCCAUAUGGACUGCUUUCGUCACGACCGACAUUGAAAUGUAUCUCGUGCCUGUCGCUGAGCUACUAAAUGCCACAACAUUCACGUCGCUGCGUUCCAUCAUAUCCAAGUUAGUGGAAAAACAGGAGAAUGCCAAAGUGAACUCCUUGUUCUCCUUGACGGAGACUACAGCAGCGCUGGUGUUCCAUCCUCUUUACUCGUGGAUGUAUAUGAAGACGCUGCAUGCGUUGCCUGGAGCUGUCUUCUUAGCCAGUGCAGCUAUAGCCGUACCUCCGUCCAUCAUUCUUCUGCUGUUCUACAUCCAGAAUAAGAUAGGACUGAAAAAUUUAAGAAAGAUGGCAUUGGAGGCAGAAGAGAAGAAAGAUGCAAAAGAAGCGGACAUUAAGAAAGCAGAUCCUUUGGCCUUCAUCCCUUCAAAGAUAGAGAAAGAAAAGAUUGAAGCUGGAAAGAAUGCUUAAAAAUGAAAAGAAAUAGAAGUUCGUUGAUAAAAUAUGAAUAUAAGUAUAAAUUGUAUUUUUUUCGUAUUUAAAUGAGAGGGCGCCACUGGGACCUAAUUUUAGGCAACUACCGAAGAAAUGAUAAGUCUAUUGUUUAUUAGCUAAUGUUUAAUUUAAUUUUUGUUUGAAUGAAACAAAUUAUUUGUAAAAAAUCUUGAAAUACUUUAGUGUACGUACUUUGAUAAGUAUCAUU